AAAAACAUAAACCCUAAGCACAGCUGUUCUCUCUCUCUCUCUCAUCCAACUCCCCCUUACUCUCACUCUUAAACCCUAAUCACCGUUGUCCACCGCCGCACGUCCACCGUUGCCGGUGCUCCAAAUAUUCCCUCGUUCUCCGCCUUUUGAAGUUGAUCAUCUUGUAAACACAGCAAGUCUGGGACAUACUAUCUACUUCGAGGAAGUGACUGAUACAUCCAUGAUUUUUUCUCUUUUUGGAAAUGGUAGGGUUUAUCUCUAAACCCUCCAUUGAUGACCUUGACCAAGCUCCAAGGCUCAAGAAUUCAAGCAACUCACUUGACUCUUUCGACACCAAAUCCACAGAAUUUUCAUUCUCUGAUUCUUUCCUAGAUUUUGAUUCUAUAAAGGAUUGGUUUGAGGAUAUAACAAUCCCAGAUAUGGAUGAUAUAGGAAAGGCUGAGUAUGGGGCUACUGAGAAGCCCACUGAGCUUGUUCAAGAACAGAUUCCACAUGAGUCUGAGCCAACUAGUAAUGCGUCGAAGCUAAAUGUUGAUGGGUCUGAGCCAGUUCGUGGAUCUGAGCCAACUGUUGUUUGUGGGUCUGAGCCAACUAGUAAUGCGUUGAAGCUAAAUGUUGCUGGGUCUGAGCCAGUUGUUCGUGGGUGUGAGCCAACUGUUGGUAGGUCUGGCUGUGCGGUGAAGGUGGAGGAGGGGGAGUGUGAAAAGUUGAGGAAUUUGGGUUGUUGUAUUGAGCAAGAGAUGGGGAAGGUUACUUUGGUUGGUGAGUCUGUGAAUUCGGGAAUUGGUAAUGGGAAUGAUGUGAAGAGUGAGAUAGAAAGUGACGGGGAUGAGAGUGGAAGUUCGGAGUCUAAGAGUGAGAGUUCAUCUUCGUCCACGGCAGCUUCUAGUAGUGGCAGUAGUGAUGAUGAUGAUGAUGAGGAGGAGAAAAAGGAAGUAGAGGUGGAGGUGAAGAGGAGCGCCGAUGAGGCAGGUGAAGUUGAAGAAGGUGAGAUAAGGGAUGUUGAUGAGCAGGAGAUGGUUGGGGGGACUAACGAUGAUGAUGGGGAGGAGGAGGAGGAGGAGGAGGAGGAAAACAAUGAAGAUGAUGGAGUGGUAAUGGUUGGUUGGAGUGAUGUUGAUGAGGAUGGUGAUGAGGAUGGAGGUGGUGCUGCAAAAGGACCCAUUAGAUCUGCGAAUGAGCUUGAGGUCCUCCCUCCAGUUCCUCCAGUUGAUGUGACCCUGCAACCGCAUCAUCAGAUGCUACCUGUGGGAGUUGUCUUAUCGAUUAUUGGCGCCCAAGUCAUAGUAGAAGGAGUUGAGGAGCACAACCCUCUUAGUGAGGGUUCUAUCCUCUGGAUAACUGAAAGUAGAUCCCCGUUGGGGCUGGUGGAUGAAAUCUUUGGACCUGUCAAAAACCCGUACUAUAAGGUAAGAUAUAAUUCAGAAAGUGAAGUCCCAUCUGGGAUCCAUGCAGGCUCUUCAAUCUCCUUUGUUCAAGAAUUUGCCCAUCAUGUGCUCAAUGACAAGGAUCUCUACAAGAGAGGGUAUGAUGCAUCUGGUGCAAAUGAUGAAGAGAUGUCAGAUGAGGCAGAGUUCUCAGAUGAUGAGAGAGAGGCUGAAUACAGGAGAAUGCAAAAAAUGACAAAGAGGGGCCUGGAUGGCCAGAAAGUUAGAAACAAGAAAAACAACGGAAAGGGUGUAAAAAAUAGGGAUGGGCCCUGGAGAAAUGCUCAACCUUCAUCGCGGCCACAACAGAUAGGUGCUGGUCAGCCGCCACCCACCCAAAACCAGCAUAAUUUCUCACCUGCUGCAGGAUUUCUUAAUCAGGGCCAUUGUUCAUCAUCAUCUGCCCUAGGACAAGGUUUUGUUGGUGGGACUGGCAUAGUUCCACCAUUUCCAUCUGCACCACAGGCGGUUGGUUUUGACGCUUCUAAUGGAGUUUGGACAAAUGGGAUGCCGUUUCAGCCACCACAGAAUGCUUUCUUUCCUAAUGGAUUUCCAACUAAUAGUAUGCCUUGGCUCUCACAGAAUCCUCAUAUGCAUCAGAUGCCCAUGCUAAACAGAAUGCCAUUUCAGCAGCAGUUUGAUCCUAGUCAGAUGCCACCUCAUGCUGCUCUCUUACCCACAUAUGCACCAGGCCUUGUGGCUCAAAAUGCCUUCAAUCAAAGGACAUUUGGGAUGGGUUUACAGGGUCAAUUUACUCACCCAUCAAUGAAUGUGGGAGAACAAGGAAUUUUGUCAAAUGGGUUACAAGUUGAACAAAACUUAAAUAUGCAACAAUCAGGUUUUUCUCCAGGCAAUGUUGAAGCUCCCCAGCAAAUUAAUCGCGGCGCAUCUUAUAGUCGUGGAAGGAAACCAUAUCGGCGAGGGGGUGGACGUUUUGCAGGUGGGAGAGGUUGGCAGCAGUCCAAAUGAUGGCUUUCCGUGUUCCACUGCAUUGGAAUGCCGUGAGUUUUAACUUCUAAUAGGCUACGGCCAUUGCAAUUUUGGGGUUUCUUGGUUCAUGCGUGUUUCAAGUGCUUUUGAUAAGACGUUGAGAAAAUAUUUCCCAUGUGCAAAUGCUUGCGUUUGUUGGUCCUGUAACAUAGGCAGCCGGGUAGCUUUUUUUUUUUUUUUUUUUUGUAAUCUUUUAUAACAGCUGUUUUGUAAUCUCAUCUCCUUUUUCUUGGAUUUAA